AGAUUCAUGACUGUGUGGGGAGACAGAAAAAAGAUGGCGGCGGGCUAGCUGCGUUUGUAAUAGCCUCCGGAUACAGUCUUGUGCCUUUUCUUGCCUGGAUCAAAUCUGGCAUUGCCUGGAGUCUUUGAGGCAGAAGAGAGAGAAGAUUGUGGCCUGCAAAGCUGACGCAGAAAAAGCCAAGACCUGCUUGAUAUUAAAAGCUUUUUGCAGAGGUCUCAGGAAAAGGAGAAGUUUGAGACUCCAGUGGUUUUUCCUCCUGCAUUCAAGUGGAGGAUCUGGGAAUUCUGCGAUAUAAAUCCCUUCCUGGAGAGUGUCAUGAAACAAUUAGAGAUGAAAGAAGUACAGAAGGAGAUUACCUCAAAAAGGGAUGAGCAUCUGGUGAGACUCUCUGAGGAACUCUCCAGUCUUGACAGUAUCAUGCGGGAGAUGGAAGAGAAGCGUCAGGAGCCAGUGAUUGAACUCCUGCAGGGUAUUGGAAGCUUCUGGCAGAGGUUGGGAGGAAGGAAACAGAAAGGGAGCCAAGACGCCAAAGUAGUCAGCCUGAAUGGGAGAUAUUGCCGUCGCCGAAGACAUACUGUGAAAAUUCGAGAGGAAGGAACUAGGCUUGGCCACCUUCCCACUCUAGGCAGGUGUCAAUUGGUGGUUUUUCCCCCUGUGCUGAUGUCGUGGAUCUGGGACUUGUCUGACAUAAAUCCCUUUCUAGAGGGCAUCAUGAAGCAAUUCAAAGACAUGCUGAUCUCUGGACUUCCGCCGCAAGAAGCAAACGUAACUUUCGAUCCAGACACAGCCCAUCCUGAACUCAUCCUGUACGAUGAUUGUAAAAGUGUGAGAGAUGCAGACCUGGCUGAGAAUCCGGAGAGAUUUGACAUACAUCAAUAUGUGCUGGGGCGUGAGGGGUUCACGGCAGGCAGACAUUUCUGGGAAGUCGCUGUGGGGAGUGAGGAGACAUGGAUUGUUGGGGUUGCCAGGAAGUCUGUGAAGAGGAAGGAUGAAGUCAUUUCUGGACCAGAAGAAUGGAUCUGGGAGAUGGGGAAGUGGAAUGGUGAAUACAGGGCCUCCAUCCCCCCUGACUACCUUCCUCUGUCCCUGAGUGAAAACCCCAAAAGGAUCCGAGUGACUCUGAACUGCGAAGGAGGUCGGGUGGCCUUUUAUGAUGCUGAUACAGCAGCCCUUCUUCACACAUUCUCAGCAGCCUCAUUCUCAGGACAGACCCUUCUACCCCUUUUUACAGUCUCUGAGGAUGUAACUUCAGCGCCUGUUUGACCAAUUAAAAUGGAUUCUUUUUAACUUGUUCUACCCGAGGAUAUGGACAAGAUCCUUGGAGCGGCGCGUGCCACCACGUGUGUACUGGACCCUUGCCGGCUCAUUAGAAGUACCAGAGGGGGACUGGUCGAUUGGGUCAGGGGAGCCUCUCUACAACAAGGCAGAAUUCCAUCAUGCUUAAAGGAGGCAGUUAUAAGACCACUGCUGAAAAAGCCCUCCCUGGAUCCCUCUACUAGGUAACUACCGGCCAGUCUCCAAUAUUCCAUUUUUAAGCAAGAUAAUAGAGCGUGUGGUGGUCGCCCAACUCCAGAGAUUCCUGGAUGAUACGGAUUAUCUGGAUCCAUUUCAAUCUGUCUCUCUCCAGCUACAAAAGCAGCAACUGCUGAAGGGCCAGAGACCAUCUACCUGUGUGAGUUUCUGCAAGACCUGCUCCCUGCAUUUCUGGCUGAUUUCCACCUGGCCUGGAAGGGCAGGGCCCUGUCUCUCACCAGCUACAAAAGCAGCAACUGCUGAAGGGGCCAGAGACCGUGUGUGUGUAUGUGUGCGUGAACCUGCUGCUCGGGAUGUCUAUAGACUACUGGGGUUAGUUGUUUUUUAGUUGUUUUGGGGGUCAAGAUUUAAUUUUGGAGAUUCAUUUUUGCUGUUAUUUGGACUAUAGCAUAUUUUUGUUAAACACUGUUGUGAAGUGUGUGGGGAUUGUUUAAUUGUAUAUUUAUUGAGAUGUUCUCAUUAGUUUGUUGUUUAUUAUUAUUGUUUGGCUACUUAUAUACUGUGUAUAUUUACAUGUUAAAAAUAAAAACGCUACUUAUUUGCUGGGAAAUUGAAGAUUUUUAUCUAGGCCUUUUUAUAAAGUGUUUGGUUCUCUUAU